UUAUAAAUUAGUACUUCAUUUCUCCAUGAUUUUUUUCUCAACAGAGAAGUCAGGAAUGGCUGAAGAAAACCAUACCAUAAAAAAUGAGUUUAUCCUCACAGGAUUUACAGAUCAUCCAGAGCUGAAGACCCUUCUCUUUGUGGUGUUCUUUGCCACCUAUCUGAUCACCAUGGUGGGGAAUCUUGGCCUGAUGAUAUUAAUUUCAAAAGAGCACAGUCUUCACACACCAAUGUACAUCUUUCUGGGCAACCUUGCGCUUGUGGAUUCCUGUUGCUCCUGUGCCAUUAUUCCUAAGAUGUUAGGCACCUUCUUUUCUGAGAACAGAAUGGUUUCCCUCUAUGACUGUAUGGCACAAUUUUAUUUUCUUUGCACUGUUGAAACUGCAGACUGCUUUCUCCUGGCAGCAAUGGCCUACGAUCGCUAUGUGGCCAUAUGCAGCCCACUGCAGUACCACACCAUGAUGUCACAGAAACUCUGCAUUCAGAUGACGACAGGGGCCUACGUGGCCGGAAAUAUGCAUUCCAUGAUUCAUAUAGGGCUUCUAUUCAGAUUAGUGUUCUGUGGAUCUAAUCAUAUCAACCACUUUUAUUGUGAUAUUCUUCCUUUAUACAGACUCUCCUGUGUUGACCCUUAUGUCAAUGAACUGGUAUUGUUUGUCUUUUCAGGCUCAAUUCAAGUCUUCACCAUAGGUAGUGUCUUAAUAUCUUAUCUCUACAUUCUUUUUACUGUUUUGAAAAUGAAAUCCAAAGAGGGAAGGGUUAAAGCCUUUUCUACCUGUGCUUCCCAUUUUUUGUCUGUCUCAUUAUUCUAUGGAUCUCUUUUUUUCAUGUACAUUAGACCAAAUUUGCUUGAAGAAGGAGAUAAAGAUAUACCAGCUGCUAUUUUGUUUACAAUAGUAGUGCCCUUACUAAAUCCUUUCAUUUAUAGCCUGAGAAAUAAGAAAAUAAUAAGUGUCUUGAGAAAAAUACUGAAGAAAAAUAUCAUAAGAAAGUUUGAAGAACAAUGAAAUCUACUAUAGCUUAAUGAUUUUGAUGAAG